AUGGCCGAGCAGGCGGCGCAUGUAGCGGUGCGUUUGCUGCGACGAGGGUUUGACUUUGUGUCGCAGUACAAGGGCGCAGGUGGCGGCAUGACGCGUCAAGACUGGCUGAACCGAUGCAUCUUUUUGGAAACGAUCGCGGGCGUCCCUGGCAUAGUCGCAGGAAUGAUACGCCACUUGCGGUCCCUUCGCAACAUGGAACGGGAUCGAGGAUGGAUUCACACACACAUGGAGGAAGCCGAGAACGAGCGCAUGCACCUGCUCAUCUUCAUGGCGAUGAAAGAUCCCGGGUUGUUGCUCCGAUUCCUCGUGAAGGGGGGGCAAGGUGUGUUUUUCACGUUGUUUUUCGCGUCGUACGUGGCGUCGCCCACGACGUGCCAUCGAUUCGUGGGGUACAUGGAAGAAGAAGCCAUACACACAUACACUACCAUGAUUCAAGACAUCGAAGGUGGCAGCGUGAUGUCAUGGAAGGAUGAACCUGCCCCCGUCAUCGCCCGCGACUACUACCACUUGGCGAAUGAUGCUACCGUCGUCGACAUGAUCAAGUGCAUUCGCGCCGACGAAACGCAUCACCGCGAUGUCAACCACACGUUGGCUGACUUGGACUGGCACAACGAUGCGAAUCCGUUUCUUCCGUGGCCGAAGGACAAGUAGAUUCGCAUGUGCCUUCGAUGGGACUGCCAUCAUCAGUUGGCCAAGGACACGAAUACUUUGCCACCGAGUAAUGCAUCCACACCGAUGAAGGUGCUUUGCACCAUGUUAGCCUCAUCCAACACAGGUAAUCGACUGCCCCCACACGUUAGAGAGGUUGCCUUGCCCUCGACGUGACCUCGCCCCCGCCUUGAUAGCAAACUAGUACAUCCUAUCGACGUCGAAAACAUGGCCGUGACGAGCCCGCGACGAAGCUGCCGCUGUUUGCGAGUCUGUGGGAACCGAGACGAAGGCUGUCAGUGUUCCGAUGGCGCGCCAUUGUGACGGUCACGGGGGAAGACGUUAGCGCACAAAUGAAAACGAAGUUCAGGGGGCUGAACUUCAGGAUCGGAUAUUCUCGGCGUCACCAAGAGUAGCGCAAGAUGGAGGAAGUAGGUGACUUCUAACGUGCAGGUUAAAGAGACUUUAGGAUGUAGCUAUCUCGCAUGAUGGCGUCCCUCUAGAGGGACGUCAAGCGUCUCUA